CAAUCUAAUUUCGAGAUUUGUCAGGACGACACAAAUCCUAGUAAUUUAUCGAAGAAGAACAAUCCGGUGAACCAAUGGUAAAAACUAGACAACAAAAAGCCAAACCCAAAUCCAAAAACCAAGUAAAAAAGCAGGGAAAGCAAGCAGAUAUCUCACAGUUUCUUGCCCAGCUCGAUGCAUUGGACCUAAAAAUCAUCAAAGUGACUGCAGAUGGUAAUUGUUUUUUCAGGGCCCUUGCUGAUCAGUUGGAAGGUGACGAAGAGCAACAUGGAAAAUACCGCUGCAUGGUGGUGCAAUAUAUAGUGAAGAAGCGUGAAAUGUUUGAACCCUUUAUCGAGGAUGAUGUUCCAUUUGAUGAAUACUGUCAGUCCAUGGAAAAAGAUGGCACAUGGGCUGGACAUAUGGAACUGCAGGCAGCUUCUCUUGUUACUCGCAGAAAUAUAUGCAUACACCGGAACAUGUCACCACGCUGGUACAUAAAGAAUUUUGAUGACAGAGCAACUCGCAUGGUACAUUUAUCAUAUCAUGACGAGGAACACUACAAUAGUGUAAGAUCAAAAGAAGACCCCUGUAAUGGGCCAGCAAUUCCAAUAGUAAUUAAGGCGGAUGCUGGUAUCUCAGCAUCAUCUAAUCAAGCAAAAGCUGCAGUUAGUAAGCCAAAGGGGGCAACUGGUAAGGACUGUAUCAAUGCGGGAUCAAUCAAAUUAGUAAUGGCCGGAAGUGGUUGUGAAAGUGUUGAAAAAGUUGAACAGGUUUUACUACAAGUGGAUGGUGAUGUUGAUGCUGCUAUCGAGUAUUUGAUAGCAGAACAAGGGGCUGAAGAAGGUGCAGCCCCAGAUGAUUCACAUUCUUGUCAUGCAAAUGGUUCUUAUGGUAAUGAUGAAAAUGGAAACAAUGAACAACACAAGGAAGAAACUGUAGAGAAGACCACAGAACAAGAUCCAUCUAGUGAUGGCACUAAAACCCUUGAUGGUAGCACUUCUCAGUUGGAUGAAAAGAAGAUUCCAAGAAACAAGUUAUGCCCUUGUGGAUCAAAGAAAAAAUACAAGGCUUGUUGUGGAUCUGUCUCAGGAAAGUCCUCGAAUAAGCUAAUAGUUAACCAAACAAUGGAGGUCAGAAAGGGUAAAAAGGAGCGGAAACAAGGCAAGAAAGGAAUAUCUGCCAAAUCUGCAGCAUCUCCUGGAUCUGAUGGAGGGCCACCUGACAUGGGAGCACUUUGCAUAUGAUCUUAGUAUCAUAUCUAAUACAUGCCAUUGGUAGGAUCUUAUCCUUUCAAGCUCUUCCAAUUUGGUUCCAACUGUCCGACGUCGACGUAUUCUGGCAGUCUCUGGAAAAUGAAUAUGAAUGCUCCAUGCCCUCUUUCCGAUGCUCGUUGUUUAUUCCCGGGAUUCCUUAUCCAUCCAAUUGUUACGCAGGCAGGAUUGACAGUUUCUGCUUAUCCACGCCCAACUUUAUUUUUGAGAUUCCUUGUAAAUAGGUCUUAAGUAUCUUUGGCAAAACAUGAAAUUAUACAAACAUAGAAUGACAACGAAAAGAGAAGUAAUAGAAAUGGUAUAGAUUCUUGUUUUAAAGAUGCUACUUUACAUUGUUUAACAUUCGAUCUAACUUUUAAGUA